GCGAGAGGGGGAGGGGGAUCUCCGCACGAGACCGAGCGGCCCGGGUUGGAGCUCCCAGCCCCGCAGCGGAUCAUGGUGCAGCAGGCGGAGAGCUUGGAAGCGGAGAGCAACCUGCCCCGGGAGGCGCUGGACACGGAGGAGGGCGAAUUCAUGGCUUGCAGCCCGGUGGCCCUGGACGAGAGCGACCCGGACUGGUGCAAGACGGCGUCGGGCCACAUCAAGCGGCCGAUGAACGCGUUCAUGGUGUGGUCCAAGAUCGAGCGCAGGAAGAUCAUGGAGCAGUCUCCGGACAUGCAUAACGCCGAGAUCUCCAAGAGGCUGGGCAAGCGGUGGAAAAUGCUGAAGGACAGCGAGAAGAUCCCGUUCAUCCGGGAGGCGGAGCGGCUGCGGCUCAAGCACAUGGCCGACUACCCCGACUACAAGUACCGGCCCCGGAAAAAGCCCAAAAUGGACCCCUCGGCCAAGCCCAGCGCCAGCCAGAGCCCCGAGAAGAGCGCGGCGGGCGGCGGCGGCGGGGGCGCGGGCGGCGGCGCCGGCGGCGCCAAGACCUCCAAGGGCUCGAGCAAGAAAUGCAGCAAGCUCAAGGCCCCCGCGGCCCCCGCGGCCAGCGGCGCCAAGGCGGGCGCGGGCAAGGCGGCCCAGCCCGGGGACUGCGGCGGCGCGGGCGACGACUACGUGCUCGGCAGCCUGCGCGCGGGCGGCGCGGGCGGCGGCGGCGCGGGCAAGACGGUCAAGUGCGUGUUCCUGGACGAAGACGACGACGACGACGACGACGACGACGAGCUGCAGCUGCGGAUCAAGCAGGAGGCGGACGAGGACGACGACGAGCCGCCGCACGCGCAGCUCCUGCAGCCGCCGGGGCAGCAGCCGCCGCAGCUGCUGAGACGCUACAAUGUCGCCAAAGUGCCCGCCAGCCCCACGCUGAGCAGCUCGGCCGAGUCCCCCGAGGGCGCGAGCCUCUACGACGAGGUGCGGGCCGGCGCCACCUCGGGCGCCGGGGGCGGCAGCCGCCUCUACUACAGCUUCAAGAACAUCACCAAGCAGCACCCGCCGCCGCUCGCCCAGCCCGCGCUGUCGCCCGCGUCCUCGCGCUCCGUCUCCACCUCCUCGUCCUCCUCGUCCAGCAGCAGCAGCGGCAGCAGCAGCAGCAGCAGCAGCAGCGGCGGCGACGACGCCGACGACCUGAUGUUCGACCUGAGCUUGAAUUUCUCCCAAAGCGCGCACAGCGCCAGCGAGCAGCAGCUGGGGGGCGGCGCGGCGGCCGGGAACCUGUCCCUGUCUCUGGUGGAUAAGGAUUUGGAUUCGUUCAGCGAGGGCAGCCUGGGCUCCCACUUCGAGUUCCCCGACUACUGCACGCCCGAGCUGAGCGAGAUGAUCGCGGGGGACUGGCUGGAGGCGAACUUCUCCGACCUGGUGUUCACGUAUUGA